UUUAUUAAACUUUUAAUCUUCUUUAUUUAUUUAUUUAUUUAUUUUCCUCUCUCUCUUUCUCUCUUCUUUCUUCCUCACAACCCUUUUCUCUUCAGAAAUUGUUUGGGGGGGAGAAUGAAGUUUGGAUUCACCAUUUUUUGAUUACAUUUCCUUUGUGAAAAAAAGGAUUUACAUUUUUUUGAAGAAAAAAUUUGGAAGAAAACUUUAGAGUGCAGAAAACAGAGGAAAAACAGAGUUUUUUGCAACUAGGUUUCUGGGUUUAUUUGAUAUUCCUGCUUAAUUAAGGAAAAAAAAGAUUUUUAAUUUGGGUUUUUGGAAUAAUUAAGGAUUUGGGCUUUUAUGAAGUGGAAUUUAUUGUAGAAAGGAGCAAAAAGAAGCCCAGAUCGAGAAGCAACCAUAGGACUUUGAUCUGAAUUAAAGAACAAUGGCUGCUUCAGUCACUUUAGCUGUCGGAUCUCUUGUUUGGGUUGAGGACCCUAAUGAUGUUUGGAUAGACGGUGAAGUGGUUGAAAUUAAAGGUGAAAACUUAAAGGUCGUUUGCACUUCAGGAAAAACGGUUGUAGUUCAUGCUUCAAAUGUAUAUCCAAAAGACCCGGAAGCUCCUCAGUGUGGGGUGGAUGACAUGACAAAGUUGGCUUAUUUACAUGAACCUGGAGUGUUGCAGAACCUGAAAUCUAGAUAUGAUAUUAACGAAAUAUAUACUUAUACCGGGAGCAUUUUAAUUGCAGUAAAUCCUUUUAGAAGACUACCUCACUUGUAUGACAUACAUAUGAUGGAGCAAUAUAAGGGUGCAGGUUUUGGGGAGCUCAGUCCGCAUCCUUUUGCAAUUGCAGACGCUUCAUACCGAUUGAUGAUGAAUGAAGGCAUUAGUCAGUCAAUAUUAGUUAGUGGGGAAAGUGGGGCAGGUAAAACAGAAAGUACGAAAAUGCUCAUGCGUUAUCUUGCAUAUAUGGGGGGCCGAGCAACUGCAUCUGAAGGAAGAAGUAUUGAACAGAAAGUUCUUGAGUCUAAUCCUGUUUUGGAAGCAUUUGGUAAUGCGAAGACUGUCAGAAAUAAUAACUCCAGUCGUUUUGGGAAGUUUGUGGAGAUUCAAUUUGACCAGAAUGGAAGAAUAUCUGGAGCAGCAAUAAGAACAUAUUUGUUGGAAAGAUCACGUGUGUGUCAAGUAUCUGAUCCAGAGAGAAAUUAUCAUUGUUUCUACAUGCUUUGUGCUGCACCCAAAGAAGUUGUCCAGAAAUACAAGUUGGGGAACCCACGAACAUUUCAUUAUCUGAACCAAUCAAAUUGUAUUGAGCUGGAAGGGCUUGACGAUGGCAAAGAAUACCUUGCAACAAUAAGAGCAAUGGAUGUGGUUGGAAUUAGCCCCGAGGAGCAGGAAGCAAUUUUUAGAGUUGUGGCCGCUGUUCUUCAUUUGGGAAACAUUGAGUUUACAAAGGGGAAGGAAAUGGAUUCAUCUGAACCAAAAGAUGAGAAGUCCCUAUUCCAUUUGCAAACAGCUGCUGAACUUUUCAUGUGUGAUCCAAAGGCACUAGAAGAUUCUCUUUGUAAACGAAUAAUGGUUACUCGUGAUGAGACAAUAACCAAAUCUUUGGAUCCAGAAUCUGCUGCACUGAGUAGAGAUGCUCUUGCUAAAAUUGUAUACUCUAGGUUGUUUGAUUGGCUCGUGAAUAAUAUUAACACUUCAAUUGGUCAAGAUCCAAAUUCAAAGUCCAUAAUUGGGGUGCUGGAUAUCUAUGGAUUUGAGAGUUUCAAAACAAACAGUUUUGAGCAAUUCUGCAUAAAUUUAACGAAUGAGAAGCUUCAGCAACAUUUUAAUCAGCAUGUUUUCAAGAUGGAACAGGAGGAAUAUGAAAAAGAAGAAAUUAAUUGGAGCUACAUUGAAUUUAUUGAUAAUCAAGAUGUUCUGGAUCUCAUUGAAAAGAAACCUGGUGGAAUCAUUGCACUUCUGGAUGAAGCUUGUAUGUUCCCAAGAUCAACACAUGAAACAUUUGCGCAGAAGUUAUAUCAGACAUAUAAAAAUCAUAAACGGUUCAGCAAGCCCAAAUUAGCUCGUAGUGAUUUUACUAUCUGCCACUACGCCGGUGAUGUUACCUAUCAAACUGAACUGUUUCUGGAUAAGAACAAGGACUAUGUUGUUGCUGAACACCAAGCACUUUUGAGUGCUUCCAGAUGUUACUUUGUUGCAAAUCUAUUUCCCCCUUUACCAGAGGAAUCUUCCAAGUCAUCAAAGUUUUCUUCUAUAGGUACCCGCUUUAAGCAACAAUUGGUAUCCCUACUUGAAACCCUGAGUGCUACUGAACCUCAUUACAUACGCUGUGUGAAGCCGAAUAAUCUUCUUAAGCCAGCAAUCUUUGAGAAUCAGAAUGUCCUUCAACAGCUACGCUGUGGGGGAGUUCUAGAGGCUAUUAGGAUCAGCUGUGCUGGAUAUCCCACUAGGAAGCCCUUUCUCGAGUUUCUAGACCGGUUUGGGAUUCUUGCACCAGAAGUUCUAGAUGGAAGUUCUGAUGAAGUCGCAGCAUGUAAGAGGCUUUUGGAGAAAGUGGGACUUGAAGGUUAUCAGAUUGGUAAGACAAAAGUUUUCCUCAGGGCCGGGCAGAUGGCUGAUUUAGAUGCUCGCAGAAGUGAGGUGUUAGGACGAUCAGCAAGUAUCAUCCAGAGAAAAGUCCGUUCUUAUCUGGCUCGCAGAAGCUAUAUAGUGCUAUGCCGUUCAGCAGUACACAUACAAGCUGUCUGUAGAGGACAACUUGCUCGUCAUGUAUAUGAGGGAAUGAGGCAGGAAGCUGCAUCCUUGAGAAUACAAACAGCUGUGCGGAUGCAUCUUGCACGAAAAGCAUACAGGGAAGUCUGUUGCUCUUCUGUUUCCAUUCAAACCGGAAUGCGUGGUAUGGCUGCUCGUGACGAGAUGCGGUUCAGACGACAGACUAAAGCUGCCAUAUUUAUUCAGAGUCACUGUCGCAAAUUCUUAGCUCACCAGAGUUACUUGAAAUUGAAGAAAGCAGCCAUCAUUACCCAAUGUGCAUGGAGAUGUAAAGUUGCUCGUAAAGAAUUGCGCAACCUUAAGAUGGCUGCACGAGAGACUGGUGCUCUCCAAGCUGCCAAAAAUAAACUUGAAAAGCAAGUUGAGGAGCUUACUUGGCGCUUACAAUUGGAGAAACGAAUGAGGGCUGAUCUGGAAGAAGCUAAAACACAAGAGAACUCAAAACUACAGGCCGCGUUACAAGAGAUGGAGCUUCAAUUUAAGGAAACGAAGGAGUUGCUUGUAAAGGAGCGUGAGGCUGCAAAAAGCAUUGUUGAACAUGUACCUGUUAUACAGGAGGUGCCAAUUAUUGACAGUGUAAUGGUGGAGAAGCUUACAGCGGAAAAUGAGAAACUCAAGGACUUGAUCAGCUCACUGGAGAAGAAAGUUGAUGAAACCGAGAAGAAAUUUGAAGAAACAAGCAAACUCAGUGAAGAACGUUUGAAACAGGCACUAGAUGCGGAAUCAAGGAUGAUAAAGUUGAAGACUGACAUGCAAAGACUUGAAGAGAAAAUCUUUGACAUGGAAUCAGAAAAUAUGGUCCUUCGGCAGCACCAGCAAUCAUUACUAGCAGCACCUGGGAAGUCGUUGUCAGAGUUAACUCCAAUAUCUGUUACUUCGAAAUUGCCAAAUGGUCACCUUGUCAGCGAAGAUUCCAAAGUGAAUGAAGCUCAAACUGGAAUGCCUGUGAAGAAAUUAGAUUUUGAGUCUGAACACAAAUUUAAUCGAUCACAUUUUGAACGCCAACAAGAGAAUGUUGAUGCUCUUAUUAAAUGUGUCACAAAAAAUAUUGGCUUCAGUCAAGGAAAGCCUGUCGCAGCUUUUACAAUUUACAAGUGUCUCCUCCAUUGGAAAUCUUUUGAAGCAGAGAGGACUAGUGUGUUUGACCGCCUCAUUCAGAUGAUUGGCUCUGCCAUCGAGAACGAAGAUGAUAACAAUGAGCACAUGGCUUAUUGGCUGUCGAAUUUGUCGGCUUUGUUAUUCCUUCUUCAACGGAGCCUUAAAGCUUCUGGUGCUACUGGUGGUACAGCGCAGCGUAAACCUCCGCCUCCGACAUCCCUCUUCGGAAGGAUGACUAUGGGUUUUCGCUCCUCUCCUUCCUCCAAUAGUCUUGCUGCACCAGCGGGUGAUACCGUUCGUCAAGUGGAGGCCAAAUACCCAGCUUUGCUUUUCAAGCAGCAGCUAACUGCGUAUGUGGAGAAAAUUUAUGGCAUUAUUCGUGAUAACUUGAAGAGGGAGUUGUCAUCGUUGCUUUCCUUGUGUAUCCAGGCGCCUAGAACAUCCAAGGGAGCCUUGAGAUCAGGUCGAUCUUUUGGGAAAGAGUCUGCGGUAAAUCACUGGCAGGCCAUUAUUGAGUGCCUCGACUCGCUUCUCUAUAUGUUGAAAGAAAAUUUUGUCCCAUCGGUUCUUUGUCAGAAAAUCUUUACCCAAAUAUUCUCUUAUAUCAACGUACAACUCUUCAACAGUCUACUACUACGACGUGAAUGCUGUACUUUUAAUAACGGAGAAUAUGUGAAAGCUGGAUUAGCAGAGUUAGAACUGUGGUGUGCUCAAGCAAAGGAAGAGUAUGCUGGUGCUUCCUGGGAUGAACUGAAACACAUAAGACAAUCUGUCGGGUUCCUGGUUAUACAUCAAAAGUACAGGAUAUCUUAUGAUGAAAUAACUAAUGAUCUCUGCCCCGUAUUAAGUGUGCAGCAACUGUACAGAAUAUGUACCUUGUAUUGGGAUGACAACUAUAAUACUCGAAGCGUGUCGCAGGAUGUAAUCUCGAGCAUGAGAGUCGUGAUGAUAGAGGACUCCAACAAUGCCGAUGGCAAUUCCUUUUUGCUAGACGAUAGUUCCAGCAUCCCGUUCUCUGUCGACGAUAUAUCGAACUCCAUGGUAUCGAAAGAUUUUGUAGACGUAAGACCAGCCGAGGAGCUUCUUGAGAAUCUGGACUUUCAGUUUUUACAUGAAUGAGGUCCUACAAACUCAACACUUCAUUUGUUUGGAAUCUAAUUAGCAGUGGUGAUUGAUUAAUUUUAUUCUUUCACACCAUAUUAUAUUUGUAAAUUUUGAUUAGUUGUAGAAGGGUUGAAUAUUAGAAUUUGUAUUUUUCUUCCUAUUUUCUUGUUUAUUCCCAGUUUUGGCUGGUCUUUUUAAUGCUUAUUCAUUUCUCCACCUCCCAAUAUUUAAUAGUAGGGGCUCAAAUUUUUUUUCCUUAUUUUUUUUGUUUAAUUUUUGUAUUAGGGUAUUUUAAGGGCGAAAGGCGAUAAACGGGUAAAACCCGAUUUGUUUUUAGUUUUGUAUAAAGAAACAAUGCAUAUAUUUGAAAAAAAAAACUACAAUUGUAAUGACAAGUAUUGCAAGGGUUAUUUUUUGCUUUUUUUAAAAUUUAUUUUUGUAAUAGGUUUUAUUUGUUAGGUUUUGUCAGCUAUGAUUAUGUAAUCAAUUGAAAGCAUGCAUAUACAUCCUAAAUGUACGUGAUGCUUAGUACUUCAAUUGAUUGCAUCAUGCAUAUACAUACAUGUACGAACUGUGGAGCCAAAAAUAUUUCUUCAGAACUUUGGAAUCUGUUAAUUUAUAUAGAAAAUAAAAUAAAUAUAAACCUUUGCUAUGAAAUAAAUAUAUGUUAAUUAUUUAGAUUCAAAAGGAUAAAGAUGAAAACUUUUUGUUUGAGG